UCGAAAUGGCUGACGCAAUAUAUAUGGCUGUUAUCAAAACCGUAUCUAGAUAUUUUUCCUGUAAACAGCUGUAGGAAAUAACACAAUUCUUUGUGACUGUAUCUUAACAAUCAUUUUUCUUUUCUUUAAUGUUAAAUUAUAUCUCUAUCUAGUUAAGCAGUGUGAUAUUCGUGUUUUUGGUUACAAGAAUAUAUAUAUGACAGUUGGUUCUGCUGUUGUUGUUUUUGAUAGAAAUUCUCAUUAAUAAUGGUUUACUAUUUUACAAGCGAAGUGGUGCAACCACCCAUCACGUUGUUUAUGGGGUUUGACAAACAUGAAAAUGAGGAGCUUAUCAAGUGGGGUUGGCCAGAAGAUGUAUGGUUUCAUGUUGAUAAGUUUUCGUCUGCCCAUGUGUAUCUCCGGCUUAGACAUGGUCAAACGAUAGAUGACAUUCCUAGUGCUGUAUUGGAAGAUGCUGCACAAUUGGUAAAAGCAAACAGCAUCGAUGGAAAUAAAAUGAAUGAUAUUGAUGUGGUAUAUACAAUGUGGUCCAAUCUAAAAAAGACACAAGGUAUGGAAGUUGGUCAGGUUGGCUUUCACAAAGAUAAAGAUGUUCGUAAGAUUCAUGUUGCUAAGCGGUUAAAUACUAUUGUGAAUCGUCUUACUAAGACAAAACGUUCAGAGGAAGUAAACUUCAGAGCUGAAAGAGAACAGAGAGAUAAGAAUGAACGGGAAGAUAAGAAGAAACUGUUGAGAGAACAGAAGGAAAAGGAAAAAAUUGAGGAAAAACGACGUCUUGAGGAAGCGGAAAUGAGGAGUUACAAUUCCUUGUUUAAUUCAUCCAACAUGACCUUAAACACAGAAACCAGUGGAUAUGAUUCGGAUGAUUUUAUGUGAUGAAAUUAAUAAUUGCAUUUGCUCAUGUGCCUCAUUUGUCACCUCCAGCAAAACAGGAGAAAAUUCCAGAGUGAAAUAUGUAAAGUAUCGUUUAAGAAAAACUAUUUAUCUGAUUUAUAAUAGUUUUUUGCAAAUAUAUAUUUGCAAAAUUACUAAGAUAUUUCUGUAUGAAUUAAUGUACAUGACUUGUUUCUAUAAUAGAAAGUUGAGACUUUUGAUUCAUAAAUUUCAAGAGAAAUAUUAUUUAAUCCAUAAUUAUCGCACAAUACUGAUAACAAACGAUAUGCAAUUUAUGUAUCAAGAAUCAAUAUAAUCAGAAACAAGAAAAUAAAUUAAAUUUUUACAUGGUAGAUUUAUAUAUAAGUAGACA